CACAUGAUGUAAAGCCACGGACUGCUGUUUCUGCUGCUUCAUCCACGAUUUAAAGUCCGUACAGGUUCUACAUGGCUUCUUUUUCCCAUCCCGGCUCUGCUCCUGCUCUUUAAGAGAAACCGCAGCCGACCUGAACAACAACAUGGGUAUUCUGGAAAAAAUUGCAGAAAUCGAGAAAGAAAUUUCUCGGACACAGAAAAACAAAGCGACCGAGUACCAUCUAGGUUUGCUGAAGGCCAAACUAGCUAAAUACAGAGCUCAGCUUCUGGAACCCUCCAAGUCAGCGGGGGUCAAAGGCGAGGGCUUUGAUGUGAUGAAAUCAGGAGAUGCCCGAGUUGCUCUUAUCGGUUUCCCUUCUGUCGGUAAGUCCACCUUCCUCAGUCUGAUGACUUCAACAGCCAGUGAAGCGGCAUCCUACGAGUUCACCACCCUCACCUGCAUCCCCGGGGUCAUAGAGUACAAAGGGGCCAACAUCCAACUGUUGGAUCUCCCCGGAAUCAUUGAAGGAGCUGCUCAAGGAAAGGGUAGAGGUCGGCAGGUCAUCGCUGUUGCCAGAACAGCGGAUGUUGUCAUCAUGAUGCUGGACGCCACCAAAGGAGAUGUUCAAAGAGAACUUUUAGAAAAAGAGCUGGAGUCUGUGGGGAUCCGACUCAACAGAAGGAAACCAAACAUUUAUUUCAAGCCCAAGAAAGGUGGUGGUCUGUCCUACAACUCCACAGUCCCUCUGACUCAAUGCUCAGAGAAGCUUGUUCAGCUCAUUCUUCAUGAAUACAAAAUCUUUAACGCAGAGGUGCUGUUCAGGGAGGACUGCUCGCCCGACGAUUUCAUCGACGUCAUCGUGGGGAACAGAGUUUAUAUGCCUUGUCUCUAUGUGUACAAUAAGGUGGACCAAAUCUCCAUUGAGGAGGUGGACCGCCUGGCACGCCAGCCUAACAGUGUUGUCAUCAGCUGUGGCAUGAAGUUAAAUCUGGACUACCUCUUGGAGAUGUUGUGGGAAUACCUGGCACUUAUUUGCAUUUAUACAAAGAAAAGAGGAGAGCGUCCAGACUUCAAUGAUGCCAUCAUCAUGAGAAGAGGAGCAACAGUUGAACAUGUAUGCCACAGUAUCCACAGAACCUUAGCAAGCCAGUUCAAAUACGCCCUUGUGUGGGGAACCAGUACUAAGUACAGUCCACAGAGGGUGGGGCUAACACACAUCAUGGAGCAUGAGGACGUCAUCCAGAUCGUCAAGAAGUAAAAGAAAAAGCAAGACAGGACUGAAAAAUCCACGGAGGAGGGGAGAAAAAUGAUCUGUACAGUAGAAAUGCAUGAAAGGAAAAUAGUCGACAUCCUUAUUUUGUUUAUAAAGUCUUAACAGAAACGGUGAACUACAGAUGCAUUUUAUGUUUAAAGAUACCGAAGGCUGAGGAAAUGAGAAAAUAAAAAUCAUAAAACAUAAAA